AUGGUGGUGACCGUUAAACCGGUUCCCAAGCAGAUCCAAAACUCACCACAGGCUCCACGGAAAGGACGUCCAUACGACAACCCCGCCCCCUUCGUCUGUCGACCGCUCCCGGCGCUUCCACCCUCGGUUGCCGCUCAAAAUGCCCGCAACCUUUUGCCAGUGAAACCUAAACCAAUUCUUCAGAACGGUGCACAGUUUCAACAGCCGAGGAAACCCAAGAGGCCUGCCGAGCCGGGGAGAUUGACCCUGAUUCCGCUGACGACCAACGGCUUCACCAGAGAACUGAAGUGCACCGUGUACAGACCGUCCGAUUUCGAGGCGAUCACGGUCAACGGAGCGGCCGUCACGCUCGGCCAAGGGACCUUCGGGGAAGUGAACCUGAUGCGGCUGCUGAGCUCCAAGCGCCCUCUGGUAGCCGUCAAGUUUUGCAAAUCGCAUCUGGUUCAGGAUGGUGAUGUAUGGAGGGAGGUAGCCGCCAUGCAGGCUGUUCAAGACCACUGGGCCUUCCCCAAGCUGUACGGAAUCAUCAGGAGCCAGAGGAGCCAAGAUCUCUCCGCCAUCGUAAUGGAGUUCAUCGGGAACACCAACUCCAUGAUGGGAAUGUCUGUGGCUGACGCCAUUCGCUCCAAGAAGUACAUGCCUUUCAAACACAACUGGGUGUGGAUCGCCAACGAUAUCGCGAGAGGGCUUGCCCAUCUCCACUCGAAAGACUACCUGCACUGUGAUUUGAAGACAAACAACGCCCUCUUGUGGCGUGGCCCGAACAGAAACAUGUGGCGGGCUAAACUCAUCGACAUGGGCAAGGCUUGCAAGAAAAACGAAGCCAAGGGGCCCAUGUUCCUCUCCAAGGCAGAACAGAGGGAGACCGCCCAGAUCUUCCCACAUGUGCCCCACGAGGUCCUCGCGGGGGAGGUAGGUUACACCGUGGAGGGCGACAUCUUCUCGUUGGGUUAUCUGCUGUUGCAAAUAGCGCAGGUCAGCACCCUGAAAAAGCCAAUGAAGAAACUUGGGGAACGCUGUAAUGGCACCAGACCAAGGUCUCGCCCCGCCCUGUCACGUGUCAUCCAGGAGCUAACCUCUUUCGCCGUCAACGGAUGUUGAGAAGUACAUGUAGGGGUGCACACCUGUAAGACCUAAACCCAUCCGCCGAGCUAAAAGUUAUACCCUUAAAAUAUUCUAUAUUAGAGAGUUCUGAGAGCCAUUUAAUUGAGGAAUUAAAGAAAUAUGGCAAUGAACCUCUGGCCCAGACUUGGGCCUUCCAAUUCUGAGCAUUUAGCAAUUGAGCUCG